AUGCUCCAAGCAUGGGGCUAUUCUGUGAGGUAUGAACAGCUUUUCGAUUUGUUGGAUUUUGUAAGUAAAAUCUGCCCAUGGUUUCCUGAGAAAGGAAAGAUUGAGAGUUGCCCCGAUGACAGCAAUACGGAAAAGGAAGAUGACGAAGGCUACACAAGGGACCGAGGUGUCAACAUGGGGUCAGCGAAGAAGUUAACAACUGAGGCCCAGCAGAUGGUAGAAAAGCAAGAUGUGGCUGCUUCUCCCUCAAUCAUGUUUCUGGCUAUGCUAGCAUUGCCCCGGGGAACAGGCCGAGAGGGCGGCGGGGUCCGAAGCCUGCUCAAGUCCGGAUCCCUGGGCCGGGCCGGCCUGGCCGCGGACCGCUGGCUGCAGGGUUGGGCGGAGCCGUCCGCGGCGCAGACGCGGCACCGGAGAGCUCCAGAGCGGCCCCCAGGAGGGGUUCCUGGUGCGGCGACCCGGCGUGGGGUGAGGCCUGGCUGCCCCGGGCUGGGCACAGCCCGCUGGGGGCGGGGCCGCGAGCUCACCCCGGCUCUGGCGCGGGGACUUGGCCUCGCGCGCGCACCUGGCACAGCGACGUACCCGGGACCACAGGAUGGACCUGCGAAAGAAAGGUGUUUGGCAUCUGAGAUUGACUGGCAUCUUCAGGCUCAAAUCUGGCAGGUUGGCGAGUCCCUGGGCCUGAGGCACCUCAGAGCAUGGCCGCAGUGUCCCCCCAGAACAGCCAGUGGAUGGGAAAGAACCUUGACAACACAAAACUCAUUUACUAAUGGACUGGUUUUGGGUUUCUCCUCUCCGCGUGCGCAAAUCGCCCUGCCCGAGCUCUCGGCCUAUUCAGACCUCGCCGGGAGCCGCCUGCCCCAGGAGGCAGGUGGGCGGCUGCGCCGGCGCCGGGCCCGUCGUUGGAGCCCGAAGUCCCAGGGGUAGACCGUACCCGGAGUUUCCGAACAGGCAGCGGAAAAAGAUGAAUGUUGUCACUUCAACCAGGAUUUGAUGAGUCUUCUUCGACGACGCUAAUUUGUUCAAGAAAACACCUCCCCACGUCCUUCCCUUCCAAAUAUCUGUAGAUAGAGUAGGAUCCCCGCUGUUCUGAUGGCGAAGGAAUUCCAAGAAAGCGUCUCUCUCCAAGCCAGAAGGGAAACAAGUGUGUCCCAGCCAGAGGUUUCUGAACCAAGGCCUCGUGUCACCACAGCCAGAAACUCCAGCAGCAUGUAGUGCCUCCGCUUUGGCCUUUCCCUAGAGCAGCUGUGCGCACCGACCGUUACCUGCAGCGUGAAGGCAUCUAAGAGCUGAAACCUGGAGUCAGGCACCCCUCUCCAGCGCCUUCCCCUUGGGAGCCACGAUGCGACUAGGGCAGCAGCUAGAAUUGCUCGUUCCCUUUAAAUCUCCGACGCAUCUCUGUUUUUCCUGUGAUUUGCAUUGACAGCAACGGUUUUAAGUUACUAGAACAACUCAAACCUUUCUGUGUGCGAUUUAAAAUGGAUCAUUUGGUUUAUGUGGUUUGUAAAUUCAUGUCAUUUUACCUCUUUUAGUGGUUUUCAGUGAAAGGUUCCAUUUUGGGAAACCUUAUAUAUCCGAGCCAAUAAUUAACAUUUAUAACAAUUGGUUCCCCUAACCAAGGGAUCGAAAUAGCAGGUAGGUUCCUUAGUACAAAGCGAAUAGCACUUUUCCUUUCUUUCUAGUUAUGCGAUCUAUUGGAUUAAACGCAAGGAGAAAGGCUGGCCCGCCGGCUGGCCUCUGAGAUUGACCACCACUUCUCAUCAAGCCUGGUGCCCGCUGCAAUCAGGGCAUCCACACUGUCAUCCUCCCAGUUGUCGCCAAAGUCUAGUGCGUCCUGACUCCUUUUGAAGAGAGAUGAAAAGAAGUGGGCAGGGAGGUCUGGAGGAAGCUGGGGAGGGAGGGGAGUGGUCAUAUUGAUGUCUAAUUGCCAUCUCUCUGCCCCCUGUCAUCCCCUGUAAAUUUAUAGCUGCCUUAUUUGUCCAAGCUAUGCCUCAUUUCCUUAUACAAAAUUGUUAAUUAUAAAGUACACCCCAUACUCACCCUUUGUCUUUUAAGAGACACCCCCCCCCCCCCGCACUCCUUCCCUCCCUCCCCGCCCCACUCGCAUUGUAAUUCCGCACACUUGCUCCAGACUUUGGGGUAUUUAACUGAGUUGUAGAGCCGAGUUUAAACCUCCGUUCCGGUCCUCUCACAGCUGCCAUGUCAAUAAGAACUGUUCCAAGCAGAGACAUUCCUUCUGGCAGGACACUGCAGCUCCUUAAGACUUCAUCUGAAACACCAGGAGUACUAAAAUAAGACUGUGAGGGAAAAUUACCAGACACAUGGGCUUGGGUUAGCCAUGCCAGGCUUCCAGUUUAGAAAGUAAGUCAUUGGGUACACCAUACGGCAGGGGCUCUUUUGAAAUAAUAUGCACCCAUUAAAUGCACUUAAAAAUAAUUCUAAAGGUAACGAAAUAUCAGCAUCUGUUUCCAAGGUCUAAUUGCCUGCGAUCCUGCAGAGUUUCAAGGAUGCAAAAAGCAUUGUGUGGGGAGUUCAGCGGAGAAGUAGCUUCUCUCUUUUUGGAAUCUCUGGAGAGGCAGCCAAGGAGGUGGAAACCCUUCAUGAGUUUAAAAUGUACAUUACAGGGUACCCUGGACUGGGUGCAUUAUUUUAUAAUCAUAAAUAAUACAAGGGGAAACCCACACAACGCUUCUCCGCCUCCCACUUAUGUGUCAAUAUGCAAAGGGUUCUGUAGAGCAGGGCUUUGGCUGGUAGAAUCAAAACAUUUAAAGAAGGCUAGCAAGUUUAAAGAGCCUCGAGCCAGUUCUUUGCAUUCACCGAGAGGGUGCAUUUAAAUCAAAAGCAUUUUUGAAGUGUACUUACAAUUCUGUUUUGAACUUAUCUAAUCAGAGAUAAGUAUAGUCAUAAAGUCACUCUCUUUCCACCAUUUGGCUCCCCUUAUCUCUGAAGCAUUGUUCUUAUCUUCUGCCAGUCUCAGCUACUGACAAUAGAUUAUCUUUGUUUAGAGACGCUAAUUGUUUUCAAAAUCUUUUUAGUAAUUGCUUUGGAACAAGGUGUGCAAAUGAGGCUUAAGAUAAUUACAGCUUCAUUUGUUUGUGCAGUUUUACUAAGCAUUCUCCACACAUACACAAAAUAACAGAUGAUGGGACUGAAAUUGCAGGACAUCUCUCAUUCCCUGGCAGUAAAAUGGGCCAGCAUUGCAAUCUACACACACACACACCCCUCUUUAUUCAAUCUUCUAGGAGCUGCUAUCCUCCUUGCUUUGAGGGAAGUGUCUCUCAGUGCAGGGUAAGGAUUAUGUUACAAUCGGACGGCUAUUGGAGCCGGACCAGUUUUAUUUAAUUUACACCCCAUCCAGCGGCUUUCAUACGAGGUUCUCCAAGCAUUUUUGCUAACAGCAAGUAAAGCUUCUGGGAAUUCCGCAGUAGCAGAGGUGGCCUUGGGAAACGCAGCUGCGCGGAUGGGGAAACGGAGUCCAGAAGCUUGAAGGCUUAAACCAUAGAACAUCAAUCAAAUCACAAAUGAACCCUCUGAAUCUUUCUCUGCUCUGCAACUAUGCUCUGAACAGCUCUUCGCGCAGCCCCAAAUAGUCUCGGGCUUCUGACAACGAGGGAAGCGCUAUUCUGCAGGGAGUACACUUGCGCUUUGGAGGGUGGUGGGGGCGAGGGGCGGAGAAGGGAGGAGGAAAUUAGGUUUGGCUUCUGGAGCUGAAGCCAGCCCGGAGAGAAGCCACUCUUCAGCGGCUGCAGCCCAGAGCUCUAGGCUGCUCUUGUAUUAUUUACCUCGUUCCAUAAGCUAUUCAUCAAUGCAUUAUUUAUUCAUUCCAACAUUAAGGUAAUUAAAUAUGAGCUCACCGGGAAAGGGCACGUCUGCAAGGGACAGGGGUAUGGAGGGAGAGGAGGAGAAUUAGAAGGUCUGGAGUCAUUGAUUUGCGCAGAGAUGUGCGCCGCUGCCCUUAGGUGACACUGCAGAGGGGGCUCACAUUGCAGGGUCCUGACGCGAUCACCCACCCCACCUCCCUCCCGCUCCCCGGCAGCACGGCUCCCUCCUCCCCCCGCCCUCCACCUCGCUUCCCACCUCU